ACAUUGUGAUUAGAACCUAACAGUCUCAACCUCCAACUCCCCCCACCCCCCCUCUCUCUGUUUCUCUCUCCCCCUUUAUCUUGGGGGGAAAGAGAGAUUCUGGAGGGAAUGGAGCAACAGAGCAUGGAAUCUCCACUCUUGGGCAGUGAUGGUUUGGUGAAUGAUGCUCAGAUCAAGAGGAGGAAGAGGAGCAGUUGGGUGAGAGCCAUCUGCUUCUUCCUCGCAUUCAUUGCUGUUACAUUUCUAGGUCUCUCAGUCUCGGGAGAUUUAAAGCUCCAUGUACUCAGAGGAGUAAUCACUUAUGACAAUAAAAGAGUCCAAGCGAAUGAUGCUGGAAUUGUCGAGUCCGGGAAGGGAGUUGUGGCUGCCGACGAUGGCCGUUGUUCUGAGAUUGGGGCAUCAGUGCUUCGGCGAGGAGGGCAUGCUGUUGAUGCAGCAGUAGCUACGGCAAUAUGUGUAGGUGUUGUUAAUCCGAUGGCUAGUGGGAUUGGUGGGGGAGCCUUCAUGAUUGUCCGAUCUCCCUCAACCUCAAAGGCUGAGGCCUUUGAUAUGAGGGAAACUGCUCCUCUCGCUGCCUCGAAGGACAUGUAUGCAAAAAAUCCGAUGGCCAAGUACUUUGGAGCACUGUCCAUGGGAGUCCCUGGUGAGAUAGCAGGUCUCCACGAGGCCUGGGUGAAGUAUGGACGAUUGCCUUGGAGAACGUUAUUCGAACCAUCAAUAAGACUGGCAAAGGAAGGUUUUGUGGUCGCCCCUUACCUUGCAAAGAACAUAGCUGAGUGGGCAAGUACAAUUACUAGUGAUCCCGGGCUAAAGAAAGUGUUUGCACCAAAGGGGAAGUUGUUAAGGGCAGGUGAAACAUGCUAUAACAUAGAGCUGGGUCGAAGCUUAGAGGAGAUUGCUCAGAAUGGGCCACAGGCAUUCUACAAUGGGACCGUUGGCGAGAAGUUGGUGAAGGAUGUGAAAGAGGUGGGAGGGAUUCUAACGAUGGAAGAUUUACGGAACUAUAAAGUGGAUAUCAUUGAAGCAAUGUCUGCAGAGGUGAUGGGAUAUACGAUAUUUGGGAUGCCACCUCCUUCUAGUGGGACUGCUGGCCUUUCUUUGGUUAUGAACAUCUUCAAUAGUUAUGGGAGCCCUAAUGCUGCAAAAGGGGAUCUUGGUUUGCACCGGUUGGUGGAGUCGCUGAAGCACAUGUUUGCCGUUCGAAUGAAUUUGGGAGACCCCAAAUUUGUAAGCGUUGAUGAAUAUGUGUCCGAGAUGCUCUCCCCAUCUUUUGCUGAGCAGAUAAGGGAGAAGAUAUUUGAUAACACAACCUUCCCUUUGCCGUACUACAUGUACAAGUGGAGCCAGUUAUGGGAUCGUGGAACGAGCCAUUUUGGGAUUGUAGAUUCUGAGCGAAAUGCUGUUUCAAUGACUACAACUGUUAAUUAUCCUUUUGGGGGCGGGGUGCUCUCUCCUUCGACUGGAAUUGUGCUUAACAACGAGAUGGGAGACUUCUCGAUUCCAACAGAGAUAACUCCUGAUCACCUUCCCCCAGCCCCGGCAAAUUUCAUUGAACCAAACAAGAGACCUCUGUCUUCGAUGACACCUCUCAUUAUCACCAAGGAUAAUGAACUGGCUGGAGUGAUCGGUGGAAGUGGAGGGCUGAAUAUAAUUCCAGCAGUCACCCAAGUCUUCCUGAACCACUUUGUCCUCGGAAUGGACCCGCUAGCUGCAGUUCAGAGUCCAAGAAUCUACCACAGGCUAACACCUAACGUGGUCUUGUACGAGAACUUCACUUGCAUUGAUGGAGACCGUAUUGAGUUUUCUGAGGAGAGAAAGCUCUUCUUAGAGGAGAGGGGUCACAAGUUGGAAGCUAGGCCGUCUGGAGCUAUAGUCCAGCUGGUGGUACAGAGUCUUGGAGAUUCCAUGGAUCAAAAGCACAUUGCUUUUGGCCGUAAAAUUCAGGACUCAGAAAAUUUUCGAGUAUUUCACGGGACCCUCACUGCUGUCAGUGACCCGAGAAAAGACGGUAGACCAGCUGCUGUUUGAUUUUGAUUGCAACAUUUGCAGGCAAACCCGGGAGUACUCAUAAUCAUCUUGUAGUUAGUAUAAGGUCUGCAUUUUAACGUGCAUAUACAUUAGCGGUUCCGUUGGAUGGUGUGAAUAUAAAAUGGUUCACCAAAUUUAUAGCAGUAGAAUGUGUUCCUUAUGUAUUUAGUACUUCGAAUUUUGUGGAGAACGAUCAAUGUGGUUAACGAAGUGUUAUUUGGACGUUUGUAUCGAUCAAUGUGGUUAAUGAAGUAUUAUUUGGACGUUUAUAA